UCCGUAGACACACGGGGUUGUUUUGUUUCUGUCUUUUAGAAUAGUCAACUUAGCCGUCAAACUUCCCACCCUAUUCACAGCAUAAUUGAGCUUCCCCUUCUUUAUAUAUACCUCAAACACCCGUUCCCUUUUUCUCAUGUUCUUUUAGCCAUAAACCCAGAAUAUUCAUAAUGAAAAGAGGAAUAGAGUGUGUAGAGAUUCAGGGUUUCUACAUUGCAAAAUGUCUAAUGCUGAUAUCUCAAGGCCUAGAAACCCAGCAAAAACACCAUUCGGCCAGCGAGGUUUUCGAGUGCAAAACUUGUCACCGGUGCUUUCCGUCAUUCCAGGCAUUGGGGGGUCACCGAGCAAGCCACAAGAGACCCAAAUUGGUGGGGGACAAACCAAACAAAACAACGCAUUUCCUUAGUUUAUCAUCGACCGAUCAGUCCAAGACUCAUGAGUGCUCAAUUUGCGGCCAAGUGUUUUCCAUGGGACAAGCUUUGGGUGGACAUAUGAGGAGGCAUCGAAUCACCAUGAACGAAUGCUUCUCUCCGUUUCCGCUUGUUCCGACGGUGCCGGUCUUGAAGAGAUCGAAUAGUAGUCGGAGGGUGGUUUGCUUGGACCUGAAUUUGACACCGUUGGAGAAUGACUUGCAAGUUUUGUUUGGGAGCAAGGCUCCCAAGGUUGAUCUUUGCAUUUGAUAACAUGUGAAUGUUAUUUUUUUUCUCUUCUUUUGAUUUGUAUUCUUUUAUUUGUUUCUUUGGCUUCCUCUUCUGUUGUUCAUUUGUUGUAGUUGAAAU